AUGGAGACGUGCGACACGGGGACGAUUCGAGUGUGCCACUGUCACGCUCGUUUGAUGUUCAAAGAGAUCGGUCGGGACCUGACGCACUUCGAGACUACGGGAGAGAUAGUGCAAUCGGCGACGCGAUGCAAGGGUGCCUAUCAAGACGUCAAGAUUAUACAUCGUGAUGUCAGCGUCAUACGCAUCUUGGGUGAUGGCAAACGGGUGCUCAUCGACUGGGACCUGAGCAAAUUGCUUGAACAGAAAGGUGGGCCUCGGCAGAAACAGCGAAUGGGCACAUGGCAAUUUAUGUCAGCCAAGUUGUUGGCGAAUACUAGCGCACCUGUGCACGAGCUCGCCGACGAUCUGGAAUCAUUCUACCAUGUUCUCGUCUGGGUUGUGUUGAGGUUCCCUCCACAUCCGAUGACUUGA